AUGGAGUCAUCUACUUUCUCUUUCAAUCACAUGUGGGGAAGAUCUGUGUUCCAUAUGUCGGUGGUUGAUUCGGUGGGCAGGUCUGGCGGAUUGGCAUCUCUCUGGAAUCCGGUUGUGUUCUCUAGUCGCGAAAUUAUCAAGAAGAGGAAUUCGCGACAAGGGCUGUGGGUUUUUGCCGGGGAUUUUAAUGAUGUUCGACAUCCGGAGGAACGUAAGAACUCGGAUUUUGUGGUGGAAAAUGCUGAUGCCUUCAAUGAUUUUAUCUUGUCUGCAGCUCUUCAGGAAUUCGAUAUGGGUGGUGCAAAAUUCACCUACAUUUCGGAUCGGGGGGAUAAGCUAAGCAAGCUUGACCGAUUCUUGGUAUGCAUUGGUUUUGUGGAAUCAUGGCCCGGUACAGUGCUAACGGCUCUAGAUAGGCGAUACUCGGACCAUCGCCCACUUUUGUUAUCUACCACCCCCACUAAUUUUGGCCCUGUACCCUUUCGGUUUUACAAUUCUUGGCUGGAAAAACAAGGCUUUAUGGAGUUCGUCAUUAAUAAGUGCAACCAGUUCUCAUUUAUCGGUCCUGGGGAUCUAGCACUUUCCACUAAACUUAGGUGGCUAAAGAAUAGAAUCAGGGAAUGGAUUAUGGUGGAUAAACAUAGGACCAAGGGAGUGUACUCUUUUCACAAAGCUAAGGUGGACGAACUAGAGGCUUUAGCGGAAGUGAGGGACUUAAAUCAAGCCGAGUUGGAUUUAAGAAUGGAGCAUAAACAAUUUUUGAUGAAUAUUGAUGAACAAAAACAAAUGGAUGAGCGUCAAAAGUCUAGAAUUAGAUGGGCGAUUCAAGGGGAUGAAAAUUCUGGUUUUUUUCAUGCUACGCUCUUCUCAGAGCCUAUGCAGAAUCGGCCUUCAAUAGUUUUCAUGCCUGCUAGUAGUCUUUCCACGGAAGGUGUGGUGUUGACGCAACCGUUUUCGUUAACCGAAAUCAAGGAUGCUGUUUGGGAGUGUGAUGGUGACCGGGCGCCUGGGCCAGACGGUUUUAACUUUAAGUUUCUGAAAAGAUGUUGGAGUGGGCUGCAAAGGGAUUCUUUAAAGCUGUUUAAUGACUUCUAUAACAACCCAUGUCUGAAUAACAGGUGCUCUUCUUCUUUUAUCGCCUUAAUUCCAAAUAUUAAGGACCCUAUGAGGCCGUCCGAGUUUUGUCCUAUAAGUCUCAUAGGUUGUAUUAAUAAGGUUAUAUCUAAACUGUUGGUGAACCGGUUGAAAAACGUGAUUCAUAAACUCAUUUCGGUGGAGCAGACGGCGUUUCUUGCGGGAAGAAAUAUUGUCGACGGUCCGUUGAUGUUGAAUGAAUUAGUAGCAUGGCUUAAGCUUAGGAAAAAGGCGGGUAUGAUUUUUAAAGUUGAUAUACAUAAGGCGUACGAUUCGCUUAGCUGGGUUUUCCUGAAUUCGAUAAUGGAACAAAUGGGUUACCCACUUUUACGGUGA